GCUGAUACCAAUCUUUCAAACACGAAUCGCAGCAAAGGUGACAUAAAUAUCACAGGUUUAUAUCAUCCUUGCACUGAUUGGUCAAUUAACGGUUGACAUUUGUUAUUGUUAUACAUGUGAUCGGUUCCAUAGCACAUGUUUCAGUGAAGUCCAACCUACGACGGUUAUUUAAAUUUCGCUGUUAAAAUUCGAAAAUAUUUGCGAGUGUUUGUCUUUUAGAUAAAAAAAAAAUCUCAGAAAUAAUUUUUUGUUAUAAUGGCACUGUUUGAACAACUAAAGUUGCAGUAUGAGCAAGGACUUUAUACUGAUGUUUCAAUUCUGGCCAAUAUGAUGCUGCUUAGCAGUGAAAGUACUCCAGAUCUCUUGACUUUUUCUACCAGAUAUCAGACUUUGGUAUAUUAUGCUGAUUCACUUUCUAACUUGAAGGAUUUCAAGAAAGCCGAAGCUAUAUACAAAAAAGCACUGCAAUUCAGGAAAUCGGUUGCUAAAUCAAAAGGGAAAACGCAGCCUUUUCCAAUGGGUGAAGUUACAUCUGAAGUUGAUGUUAAAUACAAGAUUUAUUUAUGCCUAACCAAUUUGAAACAACAUUCUCAAGCUGCUGCUGUUUUGGAUAGUAUACCCGCAAAACAAAGGACACCAUGCAUAAAUAUGGCUAUAGCGAAACUUAAUCACCAAAAUGGAAAUGAGAGAGUUGCAAUCACAAGUUAUAAAGAAGUUUUAAGGGAAAGCCCAUUUGCUGUAGAUGCUGCUUUGGGUUUGCUAACACUGGGUGUAAAAGCUACUGAAGUUGCUGCGAUGAUGGUGAAUAAUUCUUUAAAUGUUGCAACUAUUGAUUGGUUGUCAUUGUGGAUAAAGGGGCAUUCUCACUUGCAUGCCAAUGAACUUGCACUGGCUAUAUCUACAUUUAAGCAAAUAGAUACAAAGACUAGUCUUAAGGAUUGUACCGAGGUACUUGUACCUCUUGGAGAAGCUCACUAUUAUAAUGGCGAUUUUCAGAAUGCCUUGGUUGUUUUGGAAAGGGUACAUUGCUUAGAUCCACUUUCAGUAAAAGGAAUGGAUGUCUAUGGAAUAUUGCUGGGCAGAGAAAAAAAAACUCAAGAACUUGAAAAUUUGGCUAAUCACCUUAGUUCUGUAAAUGAAUAUGCUCCUGAACCAUGGAUAGUAAUGGGUUAUCAUAGUCUUUCAAUCAAAAAAGGCGGUAGAGCAUCAAUGUUUUCCCAGAAGGCUUAUAGUUUGGCUCCUCGCUACAUUGAAGCACUAUUACUUAGAGGAACUGUGCUGUUGGAGCUGAAAAAAACCCAAGAAGCAAUAACAUACUUUGGGGAAGCAUAUAAAAUGUGUUCUACACGAUAUGAAGCUGUUAAAGGUUUAGUGGACUGUUAUUUGAUUAUGCACAGAAAUAGAGAAGCUGUUGCCAUUGCCAGUACUGCUUGCAAGCAGUUAGGUCAAACAGCCAGAGCAUUAACGCUCUAUGCUAAUGUCCUGACAAAAGAUCCCUUGUCAGCUGAUAAAGCCAAACCUUUGCUUGAAAAGGCUUUGAAACAAGAUCCAACUUAUCUGAAUGCUGUCUUUUUAUUGGCUUCUAUAUAUGAGCAAGAAAGACUUUAUGAAAAAGGAAUCGAGUUAUUAAAAAAACAUAUAGAACAGCAAACUAGUGGUAAACUGCAUCAAAUGCUAGGGGAUUUUUUAGCUCGCACAAAUGAGCACGAGAAGGCAUUGCAACACUUUAGCAUUGCACUUAACAUGGAUCCUACCAAUCAUAAGGCUGCUGAAGGGAGUCAAAGAGUUGAACAAAACCCUGAGUCAUCAGAAAGCUACGAUGUGGAUGAAAUGGCUGAUUCUGAGAAUGAGGAAGUCUGGCUGUCUAAGGAAUACUAUAACUACAAAAUGUUAAAAACAUAAUAAAAUCUGGCAUGCUAAUUUAACAUUAAAAGCAUGGGCUGAUCUUGAAGAAAGCGAAGUUGAAGCUGUCUGGUCAGAUGUGGAAUACCCAUAGUUCAUUCUGUAACUUACAACAGAAGUGAAAAUGUUCCUGUUAAUGUUAUGUAAUGUAUUUUAUCCCAUUUGUGUAUAAUGUCAGAGCAUUUGUUUUUAUAUAUUCAUCAUGUAAAAAUUUUUCUUUUGCAAAUAUAAAUUUUAAUAAUUAAUAUUUUUCAUCUCUCAUUAACUUAGUUUAUAUUGUUUUAAAUUAUUAUAAAAAUCUCAUUGCAUAAUUUGUAUUGUAUUGAAAAUAAUAAAACAUGAAAUUGUUUUUUUU